AUGUCCAGCGAUAAUUCUACGAGCGGUGACGAGUCAGGGAUUUAUUUCGGGACUCCCACAAUUGGCGAGAUAAAACGUUAUUGGCAGAGAAUGCAAAAUCAACCACUGAAUCAGCCAGAUUUAUUACCGGACUCUACCGAUGAAUCGUCUUUUGAAUUAGACGACAGCUUUCAUGCAAUGAUUGAAAAGAAGAAACAACAGUUGAUAAAAUCGAAAGAGGAAUCUAAAUUGUCGGAAGACAUUUCAUCUGUUUCGCAGUUUACCGGUGGUGGCGGCGAUACUACCACUAGAUUUAUGGGUGAUGAUUCAAUCGUUGAACCGGACUCAAUGUUUAAAGUUACAGAUGAAAGUUUUCUUGAAAUGGAGAAGCUAUGUUCAAUGGAUCAGAGCAAACUGUUCGUUGGCCAAUGUUCACUGCAGCAAGCUGAAGAAGAACGUAAUUCUGAACAAACGGAAGGCAAUUCUCCCAGUGGUCAGCCUACAGAAUCCGAGCAAUGUGAGAUUAAUGCAACUAUCGGUGCUUCUGAUGAAACUCAACUAGAUGACAUUGAAGAACCUUCGUGUAUGUGGGAACAGUCUAUUAUACAAAACAACUUUGCAGGCAAAGCUCUUUCCCCUGUUAAACGAGUACACAUGCUGAGACCAUCCACGAUUAUAGAAGAACCAACUACUAUUAACGAGACAACGAUUACCGGUUCCAAGAAUACAUCGUUAGAAAGCUACAUUUCAGCGAAACAGACUUUAAAUGGAAGCGAUAAUGGUUCUGUUGUUACGGGAAGUGAAGUAUAUCGAACAGCGGAAGAAGGAAAUGAAACUAAAUCUACAGUUAACAGUACAAUAGAUGCCUCUAUUGGAUUUGAUAUAACAGCAAAUAAGACUAGCUUGGAGUUAAAAAAUCCCAUAAAUGAAAUAACAGUCGUGGAUGAUGAAUCUGAAGACGAACCAGAAAAUCAAUCAGACGGCAUUAUUGUGCUUAGUUCUAGCGAAAGCGAACCAGAACAGGAAGAAAACGAAAAGGAAACUAUGCAAAAAGAAGAGCCAAAGUUUAAAGCGUGCGAUACGUUCGAAAACAGCGCGGAUUUACAAGAAAACUCUCUUUGUGGCGAGGAUGUCGAUACGGAAAAUGAUGUUGGUUCAGUUUCUUUGGAUGCUAUUCCGGAUCAUUUCAAUGAUACUUUGGAAGAAAUGGAUUUUAUGAUGCGACAAGGAAUGAAGAUAAUGCAACAGCAAAAAACUCAGAAGCAACACCAAUUUCAUGACCAAACUAGCUCUGCAAAAUCCGGUCUUAAGAAAAAGUUGGCAACGCCUCAGCAAAUAAGUCCAUUCACACCUGCAAACAAUGAUCGGUAUUUAAAACCCAAACAACAAACGUCUUCUUGUAAGCAAACUCUCUUUUCCACUAGCGCAAACAAGAUCUAUUCUGGCCAGAAAGCAACACCGUCCACUGCAGUAGAGUCGAGUAGUGGUGGAACGUUUAAAAAACCUGCGCUAAGCCGUUUUCCAUUGCCAAAAUCUGCUAAAAAAUUUGACCAUAUCGUCUCACCGAUUGGAACCUAUAUCAAUCGCACUCCACAUACGACAUUGCAAUCACAAAUUUUUAUUGCCAAAUCAAAUUUAAUCGAUGUACUGCACAGUAACCCGGAAAAUCGGGAAAGUACAGCAAGUAGUAAGGAAAACCAUUCCAUUUCUGCCAAAGUUGAUCCUUCCACGUAUAGCUCAUCACUUCCUAGGAAGGGAGUUGUUAGCUCUCGUGGAGCUCAUGUGCUUGAUGAGAGACAUGUCGUACGCAUUCCGGGUGGAGAAAAGGUACAGAAAUUGCUCCACAAUUCACCAACGAUGGUCAUUCGCCAUGAGGGUCGAUUGAAAUAUCAGCGAGAGCCGCAGUUAACGGAUGAAAGCAUAGCGGAUGAUAGCCUUGCCGAUUUGUCAAUGAUUUCUGGUGAUGUAAGUGUCAGGGUGCUGAAGGAUGUACGGCGAUUCUAGAAAUCUCAUAAACAAGGG